GGAGGGGCGGGGCCAGGAUGGGGCUUGCUUCUGCGUGAGAGUGGGAACGUUCUGCUGAGUCCGGGUGAUGGAGGAAGAGCGACACCGAGUUCCGAGAGAAGCUGUGGGUUCCGGUUCUCGCGGGAGCCCGAGUGGCCUGGUCACCAGGCAAGAGGAGGAGGAAGAAGAAACAGAGGAGGACGGGCCAGGCUGCCCGGUGGGAGAAGCUGUGGGCGAGGCCGAUGCGGAGAGCGAGCAGGAGGCGCUGCUGUGGCGCACGGCGAGCUGUUACUCGGGCUAUUUAACAGCUGGUGCUGGAGGGGAGAUUCAACACUUGGAGCGAAGUCUAGAAGAAAUGCUUACUAGAGUGGAUGAAUUCUGUGGGAUGUUGGACAUGAUUCGAAAUGAUUCAUCUCAGAUAAUGAAUGAAAAUAUCCCUGAAAUCCAUGCAAAAGCAGAUGAAAUGAAGCAAUUGUACAAAAAGAUUGAUAAAUUGGAGUUACAGGCCUUUGUCAAGAUGAUUGGACAGAAUGUAUGUGUGCUAGAUGACCAAGUGACAAAAGCUGAAGCCGAACUUGGAACCUUUCCCAGCGCAUUUAGAAAAAUCUUGCACUCAAUCGGUACACCAGCAUUCCUUAAUAAAUCAUCCUUUCCAAAGAGACAACAGCAAAUAUUUGAGCCUCCAGCUCUCUUCCGGACAGAAGAUUACUUCCCAGUGCAGAACUCUCAGCCACGUGAAUGAUGACACUGAAAAAAUAGCAGCACAAAAGAAGGAAUCUUAAUUCCCUAAAUCCACUGGAUGCAUCAGUAACUUGCAGUUAAUAAUGAACCGAGAUUCAAGUCCUCAUGAAACAGACAUUCAAAUCCUUGAGGAAAAGGCCAACACUCUUGUCUUCCAUUUAAAUCUUCAAAAAAUUACUUCGGUUUUGAAGCUGCUGCUUAAAUAUAUGUACAAAGUAAAUACUGCUGCCAGAUCAGGUUAGACCAGUAUUAAUGUUUAUCUAAAGAUUUAUGGUUGCCAAAGAUAGGCUUUUGUGCUGAUUUGAUAACCCAAGUUCUGUUUGAGACUAGCUUUGGGUUUUUUUUGAUAGUGAUAUGUGGUAUCUCUUCUAAUACCCAAGUCAUGCUUUUUGCACUCUUUUUGAAUACUUCCUUUGCCUUAAAACACAAUGUGCUUCCAAUUUUUAAAAAAAUUCUGCAGAAUUUAUAUAGUGGGCAGAAAAAUCCCUAAUUAAUUAUAUUAAACAAAAUAUCCAUUUUUUUUGAUACAAAUAACUGCUUUAGACACUAGAUUUUAUAAAAGGUUUUUUGUGUUGGAAAAUAUUAAAUUGCUGUUCAGUAUUGUAACUCCUAACAAUGCAUGCUGUGUAUUUGUUUUAAUUGUUAAAAUGGUGCAGAAUACCCUCUAUUUUAGGAGAAUUGAAAACAAGACACAUAUUUCACUGGCAAUAUUGAAGUGCAUUUAUAUAAUAAAUUUUGCAUUGGUGCAAAGCA